CAGGUCAGCGGCGGCAGGGGAUGGAGGCAGCCUCAGGCCGCACCAUCGCCCAGAACGGGAGUCAGGGGCACCACGAGCCCCCGAACUGCAACCAGCGCGCAGCACUGUGCGGCGCGAAGCGCAAACUGUGCUCACCCGGGACACCCAAGACCGCGGGCGGCAGUGGCAGCAACCGGAACCGGAACUCGGCUGGGCCACCACCACCAAGCGCCGCACAGAGGGGAGGCGAAGAGAGGGCAGGGCACGACCCGGCGUGGGGGAGCCAGGGUGGGAGAGACUGCCUUUCGCCCCGCUGGAGAGGUCGGCUUCGUGCCACGGGCGGGGCCCGCUCCAGCUCCACUAGGAUCUGUGGCGCCUGCGCGUCCGCCCAGAGGCCGGAUUGUACCACCCGGGCGGGGCCGCUGCCGGGAGCGCGCGAGCCGGGGCGCGCGCCCUGGAGGUUCCGAGGGUCGGGGUGGGCCGGGGAGCUGAUCGGCCGGCCAGCUCGGUGUUGGGCACACCCACCCCACGGACCUCGAGUCCAGCCCGGUCAGCCAGAACCCGGCAGCCUCCCGCCACCCAAGGCCUGUAGCGGACAAUAGGCUCCCAACAGGGGCUAAGAGGCAGAUGUAGAAGAAACACGGACUUUAAUGAAGACUAUUUCCCUUUGGUAUAAGUGAGACCUGUGAACACAACCAAACAAAAAAGGAGGUGCCCAGGAUGCAAACAUCCCACCUUCUUUCGUCCUCAUCCCUUCCUCCCUGCCACCAGGCCUGCAGCCCAGCAAGGGGAGGCUUGUCUGUCCAGCAUACCCUGGCCAGUCCUCAACACCGGUGGAGCUUAAGCUCCCAUUUCACCACACUGUAACUCUCCAAGCAGACAUGCCUCCUAACCUCACCCUACCAGGUCCAAGUUCUCCAGUUCGAGGGCAAAAUCAAUGCCUGCCUUAGGUCUCUUGUAAAAAAGAUAAUGCUGCCGGUGGUGAAAAAAUGCCAAUAGUUGUAAAAGGGCUCAGAAAAGUCAAAGAGGUGAUAUAUAAAUGUAAUCGAUUAUCAUCAUUUUGUGCUCAAAAGCCAUGGAAAACAAAGGGCAGUAAAUCUACAGCCCUAAAAUAUGUGCAUAU